CUUAGGAACUAGGGCAAGUUAAAAUAUAAUUUUUAGGUAUAAUUUUAACGAUAAUUUGUCAUGGAGAUAGUUUUAGGCCGAUGACAAAGGAUACUAAGUAGUGUUUAUCAAUCUUCAUCAUUAUUUCACGCAAAGUCGCGGGCAGAAGCAAUAGCCAAUAAGUUGAAACUAACAUUGAGGCCAUACCAACUAAUGUUCUACUAAUGAUGGAUGGUAAUGGUUCCAGUCAUUAGUACCUAAAUGCAGUCAACGAAUAUUCCACAUUAGAAGGUGGUUUGAGUGUUGUGUGCCUAGUGUUACACUUAGAUUUAAGAUUUGUUUAUUUCACAACAUACAGCAACAAUAUAAACAAAUACGAAUUUAAUUACAAAAAUCUAUAAGAAUGAAAUAUGUGGAUUCAAAAAUUUAAUUCAUAAGCCUUAGGAACUACUGAUAUUAUUAGUACUCAAGUUGAUAAAGAAAGUGUGCGGAUAGUUCGAAAAACUCGCGCGAUAGAAGAUAUUGAUGACUACUUUAGCCAGUUCUCCGGGACUACAAGCGCAAUGUCGCGUUCAAAACGUUGGAGAAGCAGCUUUUGGCAUCAGACACCUGCAGACUGUGAUGAUGUUCUUUGCGUUGGUCAUCGGCUAUGCCAUGCGAGUCAACAUGAGCAUGGCCAUCGUGGCUAUGACCGACUCCGCGGCAGACGACACAUUUGACUGGAGUAUGCAAACGCAGAGCGUGAUUCUCUCAUCAUUCUUCUGGGGCUACGUGAUGCUGCAGAUCCCUGGCAGUCUUCUGGCAGACAAGAUUGGAGGCAGUAUUCUCAUUACCAUCAGCAUUGGAUGCAACUCCAUCAUCACCCUCAUUCUGCCUACUGCUGCUACUUACGGUGGCUGGCAGGCAGUAUGCGCAUGUCGUGUACUACAGGGUCUAACACAAGGUUUCUUGUUCCCUUGCACUCACAACCUCAUCGGGAAAUGGGUGCCUUUGGAAGAUAAAGGCCGAUUUAUGGCAUUUAUUUAUUCGGGGUCUCAAUUCGGCACAGCAGCCCAAUUGAUGCUAGCCGGAUACCUCACCGAAUACUGGGGCUGGCCUUCCAUCUUCUACGCCAGCGGCAUAUGUGGGGUCAUAUGGACGAUCGUCUACAUCCUCAUUGGAUCAGCUUCUCCGCAGGGCUCAAAGAUGAUUAGCGAGGAGGAGAGGAUGUAUAUACAGAGCUCGCUGGGACAUGUUGGUGGUCAUAAGACAUACCCUGUGCCCUGGAAAUCGGUGUUCAGUUCGCUGCCCUUCAUCAGCCUGAUUGUAGUGAACUGCUGCCAAAACUGGGGUUUCUGGACGCUGAUGACGGAGAUACCUUCUUACAUGAGCCAAGUGCUUGGAGUCAAUAUUAAAGCAAACGGUGUUCUCUCGGCGCUCCCCUACAUCACAAUGUACCUGCUAAGCUUUCCCUUUGGUCUCGCAUCGGACUUGAUACUAGCCAAGGGCUGGCUCAGAGCAACUACUACAAGGAAACUCAGCAACAGUAUAGCAUACCUCGUGCCAGCCGUGACCCUGAUCGGCUUUGCCUACGUCCCUGCUGGAAACAUCGCCGUGGCGGUGGGGUUGCUGUGUGUUGUCGUCGGGCUUAACGCAGGAUACUACACAGGCUUUAUGCUGGCGUUUCUGGACAUGGCUCCCAACUUUGCCGGCUUUAUGUUAUCCAUCACAAACUGCGCUGCCAACUUCAUAUCAUUUAUCGCACCGCUAGUUGCUGGAGUUCUAAUACAAGACGAGACUGACGUAAGUCAUUGGAGAAAUGUAUUCUACCUCUCCUCCUUGCUUUACGUGCUGGGUAACACCUUCUACAUCGUGUUCGGAACCAGUGAGCUACAAUCAUGGAAUGAGCCGAAGCUGGACAAGCAAGUUGAAAAUGGUUCAGGUACAACAACAGAAAAGACUGAAAUAUUUAUUUAAAUGACUAUAUGGAAUCAUUAUCUCAAUGGAUGUGAAGGAAGAAUAAAGAGGUCUGUUAAGAAGAGAUUACGCGUUCCGAUAUAUUUGACCACUUUGGUCGUCAUUAUAUAUUUGAGGCUAACUCUACUAGUGACCAGCGUGCCAUAUUUUUUGACAGAGCAGCAGUAAAAUGCGAUAUGUUUGUGAACAAAAACGUUAUUGAUCUAAAAGAUCUAAGAUUUACGUAAUACGUAAAUAUUUACUUCACUCUGUUAAACAAAAAGAAAUAAAAAAUAGAAUCAGACCGAGCGAAUUGUGCAUGGCAAUUUGAAUGGCAAAGUGUGUUAGUGUCAUCAUUUAUGUCUAAUUCCUAUGAAAAUAUGACGUUUAUAAAGACAUUACUUCACUUUAUUCUCAGUGUAAAGUUAGCUUUGACGGACUUAUCAUGAUUCUUUUUUUUCAUGGACAUUUUAUUGAUAUAUUUUACUAAUUACGUAAGUCGUUCACCGUUUUUGCAUGCUACCCUCUCCUAUUUAGAUUUAAGCAAAAUUAUUGUUUUCUCAGUAAGUGAUUUAUAUAAAUCUUUUGAGAAAUAAAUAUCUUAAACCAUAAACCAUAAUUGAUUGAUAUGUUUGUGUACAUUAUUUUAUAAUAAAAUAUUAAAACCAAUGAAA